UUGAACUUAGAUUUUUCGGUGAAAAAUAGUAGUUUGUACCUUAAAUAAAGUGUUUUCAAGUUUUCAGCGCGGUAUCUCGACUACACGCAGUGUGAAUUACCUGUAAAAACUCGAAAGGUAUCUAAAAAUAGAAAGAGGAGGUGUGUCUGAUUUGGAGCGAUCUGAUUGGUCGUUUAACCUGUGACGUCAUAUCUACCAUAACCUAAACUAGACAAUCGUGAACGAAGGCGAAACAGCGUUAAUUUUAUCGUUAUCAUGGCUGGAAUCGACUUGAACCCCGACGAAAUCCAGUUUAUAGUUCAACCUUACCAGUUUGAGCCACAUCGAGGACCAGAACAACCCCUGUCAUCGUCAGAAUCUUCAAGUGAGAGCGACUCUGAGCGAGAUUCUGACAUCGACGAUGUUGCGACUGAUGAAUGGUGCACCUGUAAUAACUGCGUUGCUAUGCCUACUGCAACAGAGAGAAGAUGCUGCCAGAGCUUUGCAGUUUGCCAGCCAAAACUGGAUGAAGCCACGAUAACCUGCAUCACAAUGCAUGAAGCCUUUCAAGUCAACUGCUUGAACCACCACGUCCUUGAGCUCUCCUUCUACGAGUACCUAGAUUACAAUGGGCCUAUUGGAGAUGAAGAACCAGUCCAUGAACUCUACCGGUACAUUGCUUAUCGCAGAUACACCAGAUGGUUGUGGCAUCGCCUGGGGAAAAAGACUAGGAAGGUUAUUCCCUCAUGUGUAGUGAGUGCCAUUCGCACCAGAUUUCCAUCUGACGAGUACACAGGAUUUAGGUAUCCUAGAGACUACUGAGUAAGAAUUCAUCGUAAAAGACCAAGAAAGAAGAAAUGUGACAUGUCUCAAUGGAUUUAUUUUGUUCUGAACAAUAUUAACUAUUGACUACAAUAUGUUUGUGCAUUAAAAUCUAAGUAUAUCAGGACAUUCAAAAUGUCUAUAUGCAUGAGUUGUUAAUUUAAAUAAAUAUGAAAAACAUCAACCUUGUUGUAGUUUUAUACAUGUAAAUACAUAAUAUUGAUAUAUAUAAAAACAUAUAUAGACAUUUAAAGGAAAAAUACCCGGUACUGCAUCUUAUUGAACCAGAUGGCAUUUAUAGACAUA